UGGAGCCCUCGGCGCGGGCGCGCUUCUUUCCGCCUUUCCCUUCUGCGCGGCGCUGACGGGCUGGCUGAGGCGACAAGUGGACACGAAGAGGAGGAGGAGGAGGAAGAAGUGGGGGCAGCCGCGGCGGCGGGGAGCCGCCUUCCAAGAGGCGGAGCGGGAAGCCCCGCGCAACCAAUCCAUUUUUCGCCCUGAGCGGAGCACGUCGGCGGGGUGAUGCUGCUCCGCUCGCAGCUGUGGCGUCGUCGUGGUAGUCUUCCUCGCCGGGAAGGAGCGAGCAGAGGGCUGCAGCAGAACCACCACUACCACGGUCCAGGGCGCACCGUGCGCCCGCGACGCCGCCGCGUUCGCGGCUGCACCUGAGGAAGGGGAGGCGAGAAGCACCAGCAGCGCCGCCGCCGCUUCCAGUCUCUGACCCAGAGCGGGGCUGUUCGGCUUCCUCACGUAGCGCCUGCCCCGGCGAGAGCCGAGGGAGGGCCUGCCUUGCAGCCACGACACGCCCCCGCCCGCCUGCUUGCUUUGAGGGUUGUGGUUUGCGGCGGAGUUCGUUCGGCAACGACGGUGUUAAGGAGCUCAGCCGGCUUGGGAAAGGAAAGGCUUCUCGUUGAAUUAAAAGGCGGGUGCUGUCUGCCCUGGCACUUUUUUUAAAAAAAGGUCUGCUUUUCUGUAGUCUUUUGUUGCCUUUCAAGUCCGCAAAUGUACCAUGAAGUUUUCUUUGCUCCCCAUCUGAGCACCUGAAGUGAGAAUUGAGGAUCAGCUGUCCAUCUCUCUCUCUAGGAAGGGAGUGAACUUGCUGAUAAGGACCCUUCUCUGUUUCAUGUUUCGCCACCCAGACAGCAUAUUCGCUUUGAUCUCAUCACGCUCUCACCUGCUGCAGGAUAGCCAACACAGGGACGAAGAAGAACAACAGGGCUUUGCCAUGAGUCGUUACAGCUUCUCUAAUCUUCUGAACUGGAUGUAUGGUGGAGUGGACCCAAGCUUUGAAGGCAACGGGGGUCCCGAGUGUGCUGCCUUCCUCCCCUGGCAACAACGCCUGGUGGAGAGCCUGGUCUUCUUAUGUGUGGGAGUUCUGGAGGUUGUGGUGUCUCUACAGAAGAUCAGGCGAACCCAUUCCAAGGAGGUGGGAGACCUGUUGGCUCAGUCCCGGAACAAAGAGGAAAGCAUAGGGAAGAACCUGUUGCUGGUAUUCUUCUGCCUCACUUUUGGAUUGGAAGUAGGAUUCAAGUUUGCUUCCAGGACUGUCAUCUACUUGCUGAACCCCUGCCAUGUGGUUACUAUGUUGCAGAUUUUUCUGCUUGCCUGUCCACCCUGUCGUUUUGCAAUGGUUCUCUUCAGGUUGCAGAUGCAUAUGCUUAAUGGGGCACUCCUGGCCUUGCUGUUUCCCGUGGUUAACACUCGAUUGCUACCUUUUGAACUGGAGGUCUAUUACAUCCAGCAUGUCAUGUUGUACAUUGUCCCCAUCUAUCUGCUACAGAAAGGAGGUGUCUACACUCCUGAGCCAUCUUGCAAUUUCUGGUGGGCUUUACUAUCCACUGGACUGAUGUUUGUCUAUCACUAUAGUAUUUUACAAAUUCUGGGACUGGUCACACAAGUGAAUUUGAACAAUAUCCUCUGCCCUGCUAUCUCGGAUCCUUUCUAUGGCCCUUGGUAUAGAAUUUGGGCAUCUGGCCACCAGACGAUCAUGACUAUGAUUCAUGGGAAACUCAUAAGCGGUGUCUUCUAUAGUGCUGUCCCUGUCUUUAAGUUCUGCGCAGAAUUGCUUCGACUCCCAGCUAAGAAAGUAUACUGAGGCUUCUCCUUGGAAGGAAGUGUUUUUAUGAGAAGCGGAAAAGGACUGGUGGCCAUGCUGGAGAAGAAAGGGAAGAGAAAAGGACCAUGCAUUAAUAGUUCCUUCUGUUUCAAAAUAAGAUGUUCCCUCCAAUUACCACCCAACUACUGAUUUUUCACUGCCCAUAGCUAAUGGCAAAACUUGUGGCCUUAUCCACCGAGAGGGUGACAUUCACUUACAGCACAGUUCCUGCUUUUUUGACAGCACUUUGGACUGUUCAGACGUGAAGUGUUCCUGUGUCUCCCAAAUCUUGGUGUUCAAUCGCUCUUCUGUGGUUACUCCUUUUUAAUAGCUAUCCUGUAAAGGUGUGGUUCUUACAUUUACCAAUAGAAUGCAGUUUAUUUUGUCCUUGUGGGCAUUGAACAUCUUGUAGUUUACUCUUUCUGCUUAUUCUGGGUGUUUUUGCUCUCCCCAUAAUCAUUAAUGUAUCAGUAUGUUUGGAGUCCCGUUAUUACCAGCACAAAUUAGCAGGGUUCUGUUCAAGCUGGUUGAAACACUGGGGAACAAUCGCUCACUAAAAAUAAACUCUAAGCUACAGUGGAUUUUGGCUCCAGCAUGCUCAGAUUCCACCAUAUUUGCUGCCAGCCUGCAGAUUACUCUUCUACAUUAACCAAUGAAGGUGGAAAUGUAGGGGUCGAAUUAUGGGGGUGCCAUGCCCUUGUUGCAAGCAGUGCCUGGACAGGAAUAAUUCUCACUGUCAGUUUCGGUUAUAUGGAAUUACAAUCUUGCUGCAAAUUGAAGCAUAUAUAAAAUUAACGAUGGCAUUUAUUUAAACACUUCUGAUGGGAUUAUGUUCAGCUGCAUUAACCGUUCCCAUGAAGAACUAGCUGGUUUGACUGAGCAGAGGUGCAAAAAGGGAAGCGAGAUUGCUGGUGAAGAAUAACAACGAUUUGUAUUACCUUUCCAGUGUUAGUCCAGAUUUGAAGAGAGAAAUGAAACUUUGACUGUAUUCUUCUGAAAAGCAACUCUGCCUAAUGGGCACAGUUUCAGACAGUUCCUGCAGCGACAGUGUUUCAAACAUUUUUUCUCCUGGCCCCCUCCUCCCAGAUUCCUCCAGUUGCAUCGCCUUAGUUGUGAAAAGCAGGAUGUAACAACUGCCAUAUUUCCUCCAGGUGUAUUUCUCCAACGGGCCACCAAUACCUCAAGAAGAGAGAACUUGCCUUAGGGGUCAACAUUAUAGCUCGUUCACUCAAACAAGGGAAGGUGGGGGGGAUUUGUAAGACCUGCAAAGGAAUUGCAAAGGACACUAUUUGAGGAUUUUGCUCCACUUGACCAAAACUUGAAACUUUAACUGCAAUUUGGCAUAAAUUGAAGAGCAUCCUGGACUUCUGCCUUUGUACACCUUUUCGGGGGGACUCUUUGUAGUGUGAGGGAUUUUGUAUAUGUUAUUACUGUGAAUACUCUUUACUGCAAUGAAUCUAUCAGAAAUGCACAUUGAUGAGUUCCUGUUCACAGCCCUGUGUUCCCUAUGUCUAUUUUCUGUUUUUGGCAGAGCACCAACGGAGAGAAGAGGGAGUCUUGGCUGAUAUUCAGUAAUUCUGUCCAGGGUUGCUCUUUGCAGUUGCUCUGGUGAAUCUUAUGGUUUAUUUAAACAGAGGUAUACAGACAGUGAAACUCCUAGCAUAGCUGUAAUCCCUUAUCAUGUGUGAGUGGACAAUAAUUCAGUACUCAGCAGUAUAAAAACGUACAAAAGCUUGAAAUUUUUAAACAAUAAAUAUGCUUCACCUUUUUUUAAUUUUUUUAGAAUUACCAGGGGUAGGUUUCUCUCUUUGAUCUCAGUGAAGCUCCCUAGUCCACAGUGAUGAUCUUUCUGUACUUUUACCUAGCUCUGUCAGCCCCUCCCUGGAGCAUGAACGAUAACUGUUGCUUUCUAGGUUUUGAGUGAAAACUCUGGGUUGAGAGUGGUCUGCAUCUUCCAAUCCUGGGCCAUGUUGCUCAUCCACAAAGGGCCUAAUCUUCUUGCCUUACCUUUUCUCAGCGCUUUUAGCAAACAUGUUGGGGCUUU